AUGGAGAUGGAGUCAUUGCAGACAUUACAAAGUCGCAAGAAGGCCUGGAGAUCUUGUCUGAAUUGUCAGCGAUCACAUAAGACUUGCGGCGAUGAGCGCCCAUGUCCACCCUGCGUUAAGCGUGGGAUACCGCAUGACUGUGUGAAUGGAUAUCGGAAACCUCCAAAAUAUCUUUCGGAAUCAAUGAUCAACUCCCCAGAUUUAGCCAAAUACAAGACGGUGAUCAAUUUACGGAAAAAGAAACCUCGAGCUUCAAGAUCUUCGAUCGUCACAGGGGAUAAACUGGCGUCCAAAACACGUGCCCAAGACACUGAAACAAACAAGUCUACUUCAGAAUCAUCAUCAUCAUCAUCCGAACACUCAAAUUUCAUCGAUCCACGUGUACUGGAGGUUAAAGCACCGCCCUCAGAGCUUCCGAAAUACCAAAUAUCAUCAAGUUCACAGAAUCAGUCAUCGCACAAGAGCCCCCACGGGUCGGAAGACGAUACAACAGAUUCAGAGUCUUCUCUAGAUAUUCAAAUUAUGACACCGCAAAAUUUUGCUUUCAAGAGCUAUGAGCAGGCGGAACUCGCGGUACUUGAGUAUUGUGAGUCUGAAAGUAUUCCGGGCUUUACGAUUAGCAGCGGUUGGUCGGAAACGUUUUUCCCUUAUGAGCAUCUUGGUUUUGAAAAGGGGGAGCAGUAUCAGGAGUCGGCAAAUAUAGUAUUUGGUACAUGUUAUCGGCACGAAUGGGGAAUCUACGGGCAAUGCUAG